GGGAAAGAGCUGGAAUGCAUGCGAGAAAAUGGCUAUCGAAUUCCCCAAAGGUGCUGGAGCAAAUACCGGUCGAUGACAGAGCUUCCGAGGUAGACUUAGACCAAGGCCAUCUACCAUCGGUAAAGACGCUUGGGGUACUGUGGGUAGCUGAGGAAGACAUGUUUACCUACAAGGCACACCCACCAGGAAAGGAAUUCAAGUUUACAAAGCGGAAUUUUCUCAAGAGUAUUGCAACACUCUUCGAUCCCUUGGGUUUUCUAGCACCAUACAUCGUUCGCGCCAAAAUCAUUCUACAGGAAAUGUGGACCACCGGGAUAGACUGGGAUGAAAAGAUGAAAGAGGAACAAGCAAAAAAGGCAAGACAAUGGUUCCAAGAGUUAGAGUCCCUACAGUACGUACGAGUUCCGCGAUGCCUGCAACCUAAUUUUGGUGAGGUGAUUUCAACAAGUUUACAUUCGUUUGCCGACGCUUCAACAGCGGCGUAUGGAGCAGUGGUGUACGCAAGAAGUGAGUACAAAAGUGGGACUGUUACUGUACGAAUGGUGGCAUCGAAAUCAAAGGUCGCACCGCUUAUAGCCAUGAGUAUAGGACGUCUUGAGUUGAUG